AUGGGUAGAGACGUCCCCACCGUGUUCAACCGUUGUCAGCAAUGGUGUAGAAGAUACUUCUACCAGAAACCGGGCUUCCUGGAUAUUGGAGGGAGAAAAGUUUUAACACGAUUUUUUUUAGUGCUUGAUUCUGCAGGAAAAGCAUCAGGGAUUUUUAGUGGAAAAACAUGGUUACACGGAGAUUACGAUCAAUGCUUAAAUAUUAAAGUUGGAGAUAAUAAAAAAAGGAAUUCUAAUCGAAAAAUACACACAAUUUAUGGAAAAUUUUGUGUUGUAAAUUUCGGAUUUAAUUCAUAUAAAUUUAAGGAUUUACCAAAAGAUGCUCACAAUAGAAAAAUUCUUCGAUUAUUCGAAAAUGUUAUAAAACCGUAUCCAAUAAAUCAACUAUAUGAACUCCUUAGUUAUAAAAAGCCAGCAUUUCGUUUGGAUUUAUGCAUUCCAAGUACAUGCAGUCGAGAAGAUUUAGAAAAUAUGUUACAAUGGGCAUUCGAAGAUCCUUAUUUAGCGAAAGUAAGAUUUUGCAAAGUAAAAGACGAGAAGAUUACACUUUCUACAGCUCAAAUAAUUUGCAUAAUUGCACUUAGUAUCUUUAUCACGUGGGUUAUUAUUGGAACAAUUCUCGAAACUGUGUUGAAAAUUAAAGUAAUGAAUGCUCCUUGCGAUAAGGGCAAUUUUCUACAGAAUUUAGUUUCAGUUUCGAUAUGUAAAUCAACUGGAAAGCUUUUCAGUGCCGACUUCAAUGGAAAAACGAGCUUCUUUUGUGGAAUGAAAUUCCUUCUUGUGUGUGUUGUUGUAUUUGUUCAUAUACUUAUACAUUCGGGAUUGGUAUACACAACAACAGGAAAUUUAUUCAACAUAGUGAAUAUUUCUGAUGAUGUUCCUGUAGAAAUUUCAUCUCAAGGAAUGUCUUUGAUUGAAACAUUCUUCUUUCUGAGCGGAUUUUUAACAUUCUAUUUACGAAGAAACGAAGAAGAAAACUCCACAUUGAACUACUUCAUGUUUUUCAUCAAGAGAUACCUAAGAUUGACUUUUCCUUUGCUCUGCGUAUUGGCAUUCUUCAUUAUUUUGCCACUUGCUGGCGAAGGACCUCAUUGGGAUCUCGUAUAUCGAGAAGCAGAAAGUGCAGAAGUGCACUGGUGGCGGUACAUUCUUCAUAUUCAGAACUUAUACAACAUGCCUCUAGAUUUUUUUAUACAUUUAUGGUUCGUUAACGCGUUGAUGCAGUUGACAAUAAUCACUGUUCCUUUAUUGUACAUCUAUGACAGGUGGCCAAAAUUAGGAAGUGCAAUAUUAGGUAUUCUGAUGGUUGCAGGAGUCAUAUCACACGUCUGUCAGUCUCUAAUUACGAAAUAUGUCACGAUCGUCGGUUUAUCAAUAAAUCUUGAAAAACUUGAAAAUCUCUUCCUCCAUAUCUAUGAAAAACCAUACUUCACACAUCUCAGUUCUUACUGCUUGGGAUUAUUAAUGGGAUACGUUUUAUCUAAAAAGAAACAAGUAAAUCUGCGAAAGAUGAUUGUUGUUUCGUGUUGGAUUACGACAACUGGUUUGAUUGGGUUAAUCUUCUUCGGUUUGCAUAAUUAUAGAACUGUCGCUGCUCCAAACGAAUCAAUUAUUUUUGCGCAUCAGAUUCUUUCUCCAAUUGCGUGGAUAGUGGUAACAGCUUGGAUAUGUGUUGCCUGCUUAUCAGGAAACGGAGGUGUGGUGAAUAAGUUCCUGUCAUUGGAAUUCUUCGUUGUAAUGGAUCGUCUAACAUUAUGGAUUUAUCUUUUGCAUCCUGUAUUUAUUCUUUAUCUUUUUGGGGAAUUUAGGAGUCCACAACCAUUUACGGAAAUAAAUCUGUGGAUGACGUUCCUAUUAGUGAUGCUACUCUCUGUAAUUGCAUCAAUUUUCUGCUACAUCUUUUUACAAAUUCCGUUCACAUUUAUUCUAUUCAAAGUAGUUUUAUUAAAAAAUUCUAGAAGGAAUAUUCAUUGUAACGAUGAAAAUGUAAAAAUGGAAACAUUAAGAAUACAGGAAUUACCAAUUCGUAACACAAUAUAAGAAAUGUACCGAUAUUUGAGGAACGAAGAGAUGAAAUGCACCCAAACUAUCGAUGAAUCAGCAUUCAACUUCAUGUAAAAGUCAUAAAUAUAUGUACAUAAAAUAAACAAUAAAUAAAUAAAAUUUUCCAUAAACAUUA